AUGGACCCCAACGUUCCCGGAUUCCCUUCUGCGAUGCAGCAGACCGCGGGUUUUCCUGUCACUCCCCAAAAUCCACAGCAGUUCCCCUACUAUCCGAAUGCCAUUCCUCCGUUUCCCCAAUCCAAAGCUGUCUCUCAUCCUCCACAGCAGCAACACCAGCAUACUCCUUUCGGUGCCGUGCCCAUGCAAGCCGGUCCUAGUGGAGCAAUGAUGCCGUCCGGGUUCCCCCAGCAGUCAUCCGGACCCCACGCCAACUUCUCUGCACCAUUUGCCCAGCCACCUGUGCCAGCAACGUCUAUGAGCCAGUAUCUCCCUCCCCAGGCGACUGCGACAUCGACUCUUCCCGCGACUACAGCGCAAUCCUUUCCGCCCAACAUGGCUUCGGUACCGGCGACUAACAUGAUGCCCGCGCAACAGCAACAGCAACGGGCAGCGCCCCAGCAGAACCCAUUGUCGAGCUCCGCCCAACCUGCUCCUCAGUCACCUGCAACGACCGCGCGCGAGAAGGCUCGUGUGACUACGCUGUUGGACAUAAACUCGAUGUUGCUGCAGGAAGUCAUGAAUCUUCAGGCGGCUGGCAAGGCUGGUGCGCCUUCGCAAGGAGCGUCAGAGUCGAACCCGUCGCCUGGUUCAGAUCAGACCUCGGAUAAGCCCACCCAGCGGCCAAGCGCAGAAUACCUCGAAUGUAUGCGUCGGUUACAAGCCAACUUAGGGUACCUUGCAACCAUUGCCGACCGGGCUAAGAAAUCAGGGGGAGUUCCUCCUGCCGCACCGGCGAUCAUGUCACCGCCUCCAAACAUGCCUUCAAUGAAUGAGAUCUACAACAAACUCAACGAGCUCUUCCCUCGGGCCGCGCAAGGUGGUAUAGGGACACCCCAGCAGAGUCCACAAUCAUUGCAUGGCAAUGGCCGGCCCAGUCCUUCUCCAGCUGUUGAACACGUUGUUUGA